CCGAUAUUUACAGGGUGGUGUACAAAGAAGUCGAGCACUCACUAUCAACAUAAUUCCCGAACACUUACAGCUGCUGCAGUAUUGCAUCUUGCACUGGACGAUUUGCGGCAUCUUUAAUAUGCUGUAACACAGAAGUCGAUGGGUAAUUCACAUUUUGAUUAUGACGGGCAAAUCCUAAAUACUACAAUAUGCUAGUUAGAGAUGAUCAUGAGUCGUUUGAAAUUGAUCUCAGAGUGAAUGAACCUGGAUUCAUCAGACUUAGAGUGUAUUCUCGAUUCAGGAGGUGAGAAAAAUAUCAAGUAUUUAUUCAAUACACUCCGCAUGAAAUACCAGUCUGACGAGAAUGAUGAAGAAGAUGUAUUGAUAAUAGGAUACUACUGCAGUUGCAAAUCAAGUGCAAGGACACUAGGAACAUGUGCUCUUAUUUGUAGCAUAUUGUGGUAUUUAGGAUUUGUCCGCCAUAAUCAAAAUGUGAUUUAUCCAUCGACUUCUGUAAUACAGCAUAUCAAAGAUGCCGCAAAUCGUCCAGUGCAAGAUGCAAUACUGCAGCAGCUGUAA